AGCAAACUAAAGCUGGGUUCAUUGCACCAACAUCGGCGUAUUUCUAUGCCUUGACACUGCCAAGCUUGAUGAGAGAGCCCGACGUUUAUCACCCGAUAUCACCUUGCUAUGACACGAAAAGGUUCCAAGAAGACUAAGACCGGGUGUCUGACUUGCAAGAUUCGCAAAAUCAAAUGUGACGAAAGUAAGCCUGUUUGUCGACGUUGCAAUGACACCGGCCGCAAAUGCGAUGGUUACUUGGCUCAGGUGUCACUCGAACUGAAAGUUCAUUCAUCCUUACGUCGUCAUGGUACAGACUCUGCAAGUGAGCGAAGAUCACUGCAAUACUUCUAUGAAUACGCUGCGCCUCGUCUCUCUGGUCUUAGGAAGCCUAUGUUCUGGACGUACUUCGUCAUGCAGCUCAGCCAAUCCGAGCCGGUAGUGAGAUAUUCUUUGCUGGCAAUCAGUCAUCUUUACGAAGCUCGCGAGAUCCGAGAUGCCCCGACCACCAAACAUUUGCUUGCGUUGCGAUAUUAUAAUGCAGCAAUCAAAAGUGUGAAGACUGUUCAGGACCAUCCAUUAGUCCUAGUUACAUGCAUCCUCUUUACAUGCAUCGAGCUGCUGCAGUCAAAUAACGAAACUGCGAUUCAGCAUUGCAGGCACGGAAAUGAAAUCUUGGAGACUUACGGCAGCGGCAAGCCUUGGAUACAAGAGCAUCUCGUACCUGUCUUUCGGCGGUUGAGUGUUCUUCCCCUACUCCUUGGAAGGCCGCCUCCAGACUCGGCCCUUGCGCUUUUGCCAAGAAUUGUGGUACCGACGAAAUUCGAUAACGUGGAGGAUGCACACUUGAUGAUUGAUGAAAUUUACAGACGGCUGAUGCUUUCGCAGCACUGGAAGCGGAAAGGGGCUCACUUCGAUGUGGUGAAAGAACGAGAUUGCGUCGGUUCAUUGUUGCGCCAGUGCAGAGAGCUGAUGGACGAUCUUGAUAUUGAUUCAACAUCGCAGGCCGGCUGUGCUAGCAUAGGCCCGCAAGCACUAAUGCGGAUGCGCUUCCAGGCAUGCCAUGUUUGCUUCAACAUGCUAUUCCCAGAAGACCGGCAUGACAACGAUGAAAUGGACAUCGCCAGCUUCCGCGAGAUGAUUUCACUGGCUUCUGACUUCAGCAAAUUACGGACGAUACGAGUCCCACGAUUUGUUUUCGAACUCGCAUUUUCCCCUGUACUAUUUUUCAUAGUCACAGAGUGCAAGUGCUUGGAAGUCAGACUUGCAGCUCUGCAUCUGAUAAGAAUACUGGGGGCCGAAAGAGAAAGCUUGUUCGAGAGUCAUAACUUAUACACUCUAGGUCGACAACGAAUUGAGAUGGAACACGGGGUUGUUUUGGAUGACUUUGAUUGUCCCCAGGAUUUCAUCUUGAGUUUGGAUGUGUAGCUUCGAGCCGGCAAGUAGUAACACGUCCCAGUUGCAAUUCA